CCUAUGAAUGACACCUCUGGAGUUCUUUCCAUCAGCUCAAAUGGAAAUCUAAUUCUUCAUCAGAAUCAUUCUGACAUGCCCAUCUGGUCUACGAAUGUUUCUGUCACUGUUCCAAACGCAAGAGUUGUGGCUCAACUUACAGAUUUGGGUAACCUUGUUUUGACUCAAAACAACUCCAAAACUGUUAUCUGGCAGAGUUUUGAUCAUCCCACUGAUACCUUGCUUCCAUAUGCCAAACUUGGAGUUAACAAAAGAACUGGUCAGAGCUGGUCGUUGCAGGCAUGGAAGACAGAUGAUGAUCCGGGAACAGGAAGCUUCUCAGUUAGGUUCAACACUAGUGGGAAAGCUCAGAUGUUUGCAUACAAGAAGAAUGUUCCAGUGUGGCGAGCAGGAUCCUUUAAUGGCGAAAUAUUUGUAGGUAUCCCAUUUAUGAAACGAGCAACAUCCACUGAUUACAGCAUUAAUGUCACGGACAACGAUAAUGAGGUCGGAUUCAUAUUUUACGCUUUUGACAAGACGGUCAUCAUGCGGGUGGUGGCUCUUCAAUCUGGAUUCUUUCAAACAUUUUUAUGGGAUUUUGAUAAGCAACAAUGGAAUCGAUACUGGUCUGGACCAGAAGUAGAUUGUGACAACUAUGGAACCUGUGGUACUAACAGCAACUGUGAUCCUCUUAACUAUGCAAAUUUCAAGUGUUCUUGCCUGCCUGGAUUUGAACCAAGAAAUCCAACAAAUUGGUAUCAACAUGGCGAUGCGACAGAGGGUUGUGUGAGAAAGAAAGGACCACCCUUAUGUGGGAAUGGAGAAGGCUUUGUUAGAGUAGAAAGCGUUAAGAUUCCUGAUACAUCUAUAGCGAAUGCUAAUAUGGAGAUGAGUUUGGAAGAAUGUGAGCAAGAGUGCUUGAGAAACUGUUCUUGUAGUUCCUAUGCAGCUGCGGAUGUGAGAAAUGGUGGAAGUGGAUGCUUGACAUGGUAUGGUACUUUGAUGGACACACAGAUUUUAAGUCAAGAAGGGCAUGAUUUAUUUGUUCGUGUUGAUGCUAUUGAACUUGCAAAAUAUGCUAGGAAAUCAAAGGCAGCACUUGCUAAGUCUGGAAAAGUGGGAAUUGUAACAGCUUGUGUCACAUUGAUUUCUCUUCUUACAGCCCUAUUUGUGUACUUCUUUUGGAACAGGAAAAGAAGAGAUGAAAUAGCCGAACAAGAAUUAAAAUUAGAUUCCCCAACAGAUCAAGAGGACCAUGGUGACAACAGGGCACAACCAAGCUUACCAUUUUUCAGCAUCAAAACCAUAAUGACUGCAACAAACAAUUUCUCAAAUGAGAAUCAAUUAGGGCAAGGUGGAUUUGGUUCUGUAUACAAGGGCACAUUAGCUAAUGGACAAGAGAUAGCUGUAAAAAGAUUGUCCCAAGAUUCUGGACAAGGGACUCAAGAGUUCAAGAAUGAAAUUAAACUAAUUGCAAAACUACAACACAGGAAUCUUGUGAAAUUGGUAGGAUAUUGCAUUCAUAAAGAAGAAAGGAUGUUGAUCUAUGAGUAUCUUCCCAACAAAAGCUUGAACUUCUUUCUAUUUGAUAGGAAUCAAAGAAUGUCAUUAAAUUGGGACACACGUUUUCAUAUUAUGUUUGGAAUUGCUCGAGGUCUUCUCUAUCUUCAUCAAGAUUCAAGGCUGAAAAUAAUCCAUAGAGAUCUCAAAGCCAGUAAUGUUCUCUUAGAUGCUACAAUGAAUCCUAAAAUUUCAGAUUUUGGCAUGGCAAGAAUAUUUGGAGAAGAUCAAGUCCAAGCAAGAACUAGACGAAUUGUUGGGACAUAUGGUUAUAUGUCUCCAGAAUAUGCAAUGGUAGGAAUAUUUACAAAGUCUGAUGUUUUCAGCUUCGGUAUUCUAUUGCUAGAGAUUAUUAGUGGCAAAAGAAAUACAGAUUGUCAUGAAGAAAGAGCAUCAGUAAAUUUAAUUGGACAGGUAUGGGAAUUGUGGAGAGAAGGAAAAGCCUUGGAAAUAGUGGAUUCAACACUUGGUGAAUCAUAUCCUCUUGAUGUAGCCCUAAGGUGUAUACAAAUUGGGCUCUUGUGUGUGCAAGAAAGUGCCUUAUAUAGGCCAUCCAUGUUGGAAGUUAUUUUCAUGCUUGGCAAUGAAGUAACCCUUCCCUCACCUCGAAAACCUGCCUUCUUAUUCAAUUCUAACAUAGAGCAUUCAGAGUCUUCAACAUCUGGGGAUCCCUCUGUAAACAAUGUUUCAAAUACUACAAUAAGUGCUCGAUAAACAUGACUAGGUGUUUGUCCAUAAUUCUUUAUUUUUAUUUAUUUUUGCUAGAUUAAUUUAUUGUAUUUGAGAAUACCAAAUAACGAAAGAUGAUAAAAUACAAAGCUAUUGCCAAUGCCAAAA